AUGGGGGGUGGAGGCGAGAAGCCCAGUCGUCGCCGCGUCGGUAGCUCCGCCUCGGGAAGCGGCCGCCCUGCGCCCAAGAACAAACGUGUUCCCGGCAGAAACGGGCAGCGCGCGGGAGCAGCCUCCAGCCCCGUGACCCCGGGGGGUCCACUCCGCGUCGCGGGGCCCGGAGGGGCGCCCUGGGAUCGUGGCCGGGAAGCAGCCACGGUGUUGGCGGCCGAACGUGCAGGACCCGGGGAGCAGCUCGCCCGCGUUCCUGGCUCGCGUUUCCCACGAAAACGCGGCCACACCGUGAACGUUUCCACACAAGCGAAAACAUCCCGAAACUUGCUUUUCCCCCGCUCCGUCACGGCCUCCCGGUUAGUCUAUAAAACUUUUCUGUUUCAGGCAAGGCAUCUUUACAUUUGUGAUUAUCAUAAAAACUUAAUUCAGAGUGUUCGAAACAGAAGAAAGAGAAAAGGGAGCGAUGAUGAUGGAGGAGAUUCACCUGUUCAAGAUAUUGAUACUCCAGAGGUUGAUUUGUACCAAUUACAAGUAAAUACACUUCGGAGAUACAAAAGACACUUCAAGCUACCAACCAGACCAGGACUUAAUAAAGCACAACUUGUUGAGAUAGUUGGGUGCCACUUUAGGUCUAUUCCAGUGAAUGAAAAAGACACCUUAACAUAUUUCAUCUACUCAGUGAAGAAUGACAAGAACAAAUCAGAUCUCAAGGUUGAUAGUGGUGUUCACUAGGAGAGAUGGAAUUCAGACUAAGACUUGGAUGUUCAGAUGUCAAGACUGUUUAUUGUUUUUUCACAUGUAGAAAUGUUUCUUGUGUAUUUUUUCUACAGAGGAUUUUCUCUGAUUUUAUUUUCUUUGUUUCUGACUCUAAUAAUUAGUUGGAGACUCAUGUAAAAUGAGCUUUCCUAGAUUAAAAAGUAUUUUAAAUAAAGGUUAUUACUAUUA